AUGCAGCAAUAUGGAAUAUUCGCCAUUUUCGAAGGACUUCGCAGUCACCGAUUUAAAUUUCCUGUUAUAUUCACCUUGAUUAUCGAUGUAUUCCAUAAUCAAGAGCCUACUGUAGAGACAGCUUUAGUUAGCAGAGUUGAUGGAAAGUUCACUUGUCCCAAAUACUCCAGUAGACUUAUUAGUCCUACUACGCUAAACUGCCACCUUGGCAAGAUGCAUGGCGGACGCUGCUCGACUGCUUCCAAAAGGAGAAAGCGAUUGUAUUCCGAAAUGGACAGCAACGACAACAACACUGUCAACGCUAGCAAUAAGAAUAACAAUAAUAGUUCCCUGUCUAUAAACCCAAGACAACGCCAGAUGCGAGCCCCUCAUUUGAACAUAGAUGAAUAUGACUCAAGUUAUUCAUCAAUAGCAAAUUCAUCUCUGUGUAACAAGAAUUCUUUGAUAUUGUUGGCAUCGAGCGCGCUUUCACUCUCAAGUCCUGAGCAAGAGAAACGUAUAAUGUUGACCAAGGUUGGAGAUUGGGAAGCAAUUACAUUGUUGUCAUUGAACGGAAAAUCGUACCUCUCUAGAAAACAUACAGGAUAUUCUAGUUGA